AUGACUGCUUCAGGUUUCUGCCACCUUGACCUUGUGGAUGAUAACUUGGUUUUUGUGAUAACCCUUCCCGCUCCCCCACUCCCCAAGUGGUUUGUGUCAGCAUGUUUUAUCAUAGCAACAGGAAAGAAAACCAAAGCAUCCAACAAGUCUUCCCUGUAUUCUGUCUAUGGGAAGCAAACCCCUAGUGACUUCUUAAAGCAAAUCAUCGGACGACCAGUUGUGGUGAAACUAAAUUCUGGAGUGGAUUAUCGAGGGGUCCUGGCCUGCCUGGAUAGCUACAUGAAUAUAGCAUUGGAACAGAUGGAAGAGUAUGUAAAUGGACAGCUGAAGAAUAAGUAUGGGGAUGAGUUCAUCCGAGGAAACAAUGUGCUGUAUAUAAGUACCCAGAAGAGAAGUAUGUGAAGACACCAGGAAGCAGCUCUCCUCAGAGUUGGAUAGAAUUUGUUAUAAG